AAACUCUUUUGCUAUGCCAUAUCACCUUCAUUCUGUGAUAAUUAUGAAGCUUUUUUUUGCUUGUUCAUUCGGAUGUACGACGCUCAUUUGGCUUGCUACUGUAUCAUUCCAGCACUUUUGUCGUUUCUACGAUUUUACUGUACCUAAACACAUUGAAAUCGCACAUAUCAUCUUCUCUGAAAAUAUCUAUUGAUUCUUGAUCAUGCUCUGACGGUCGAGGUUGAAAGGAAAGAAUAAAGUAGACCUUGCUGACUCUUGGCCAAAUAGUCAAAUUUGGUGAGUUGGUUGUACGACGACGCAGGCUUAUAUUUUUAUGCAAUUCUGUAUAAUUUGAGCACCGGCGCUUCUUGCUGACAUACGAUACAUACACCUUGCUCGGAAUCCACUCAUUUUUCGUUGCUCCAGUACACCUUUCAGGGCACA